GCCGCUUUGGCUUCCUGUCGCAAACGGAGUACGGCUACGGUAAAUUGGAGCCCGCUAAUCGUAAGAAGAGGUCAGUAGUGCGGUUUAGCCGCGGUAUAAGAGCCGCUCGAACAUCAGUAACUCCAUUAAAGUAGAUCAACGUUCCACGGUGUCACCAUGAACGUGGUAGUGAUACCGUUCUUCCUAGCCGCGCAUGUCACCGUGGAGAAGCCGUGGGAGCAUGGGCCGGAGUACGUGUUCCAGGUCCAGGUGAAUUCCACGGCGAUCCCUGAGGAGGGCAUCUACGGCAGCGUCUGGCUGAACCUGGAGUCGCGGCUGAUCUGCCAGCCGAAGGUGGCCUCGCUGAGCUGUUGCUUCAAGGACUCCGUGGCGAACAGCUUCGUCGCGGACAGCCUGGAUCCGACGGGCUCGGCGGUGCCGGUCGGCCCGGUGAGCCGGCAGGAGGCGUACGAGUUUAACGAGGAUCGGUUCGAGAUCAAGUUCAACGAGAAGGGCAUGGACAGUCUGCUGGUGAACGAGAACAUACAGCCGCGCGAGCUCGACAUGAUCCGCUUCAUCGUCGGCCAGCUGAAUGUCGGCAUGAACUUCAACGACCCGCGUUUCGAUGACGGCAUCUUCGAAGCGAUGGAGAACUUCACGCAGAGCGAGUGCGUGACGACCUUCAAGAUCGAUAAAAAGAUGAACGCUCGCUGGCACCCUAAGCGCGACUUCGUCCUCAAGCCGGUGCUCGGCCUGAAGGACCGGAAGAUGCUGCAGAUACGGAAGAUCCGCAAUCUGCAGAUGUGCUCGCACAAGGUGCCGUACUUCUUCGGCAAUGCCGAGAGCCUCAGAGAGACCAGCGACAUUAUCUCUGAUGUCACCUCGUCGGACAGUCACAUCAUCGUGACGUCGACCGACUUCAUAUCCUACACAUCGAACGUGAUAACGACGAGCAAACUAACUGAGGCAGUGAUAACGACGCUCUACGAGAACGCGCGGCUGAAGCUCGUGUCAAUCGGGCCCGCCGAGAGAGAACCGCCGCCGGUGACGGAAGCCGAGCCUGUCAGUAUCUUCAUCGGCAGGUGGUCGAUCGUCGACUCGUUUGAGGACGACAAUUAGGCUUGUCAGAAACGCCAUCGCGUUGUCCAGUGCGGCACUGUGCUCGUACGAGUUCGUUUGUGAGGCGUGCAGUCGAAAAAUCCACGCGCGUUACAUUUAGGGACAGUCGGCGGAAACAUCGUUCUCGUGCGGACGCUUCAUUUUUCUCUAUUGGUACACGCGCGAUCCGCUUAAUUCUCACUUAACAUCCGUAACUCGAAGCGACGAUGCAUUUCUCGUACUUGACAAGCUCGAAAAAAAAUGAUCACACCCGAGAUUCUGUCACCUAUGUCGACACUCUAAGAGGCGGUGAACUUCGUGAUAAAUAAAGAUUAUGUAUCACAAA